AUGGCUCAGUGGUUUCACAGAAAUCCAAUGAAGGCUUCGGGACGACCGAACUUUGACUUAGGUCCUGUCACUACUAGCAUAUCAGCACGUAUGUUAUGCAGUCAAUUGUCUGACAAGCGCCAAAGAUUAAUAACAAUGUUUGGGGAUUUUACGGCAUCGAGUGACUCAGUAAUCGAUGCUGCGAAUCAGUACAUUUCCCUUUUGAUGGGUCUGGCUACUUCACCUGAUUCUGGCAAUUUCGCCGAGCACGAUGAAGAGACUGAGGAGGAUAGCGAUUCUGAAGUUCCGCAAGCGGAAGGUUCUGACUCUACCGAAUUAACUAAAAAGGAUAAAAAGAAAAUGUUAAGCACAAAACUCCGAAGUAGGCCAUUUAAUGUUAUAAUCUGUGACUUUACGAUCAGAACAAUGCGUGAUGCAAACUUCGAGCUUGUUGGUAUACUUUACAACCUAGGAUUGUGGCUUUCUAAACACGCUGCGAAAAUAGCUUCUAAUAACGACAUUGAAAUGGAACAGGCGGUUGAGGUCUACAAAUCCCUUCGAAAUGCUGCUGGGGUUUUCCAUUACAUCAAGUCGAACUUACUGAAACAGAUAAAAGGUGAAAUAGCUAAGGGCUCUGACUUGGAUCCCAAUGUACUUGAAGCCUAUAUUUUACAAAGUCUUGCAGAAGCACAAGAAGUUACUAUCGCCCGAGCUAUGGAGUUAAAACAUGAUCCUGGUAUUAUUGCUGCAUUGGCCUCAGAAACUGCAAUAAUGUAUGAAAAGUGCAAAUUGAUCUUCUUGUUUACAGAGUUUGGACUUCAAAAUGUACCCGAUGCGCUGGUCACCAAAUGGAGAGCCUAUUGUAUUUUUAAAGCUGCCUGCUUCCGCGCUUAUGUGAACGGCAUCGGCCCCAUCGACCAAGGGCAAAUGUCACUUUCUGUUGCCAUGGUUCCUCCGGCCUCGCCCCGCGAAUGUUAUUACAACCCACCCUUGUGCAGUAUUCCCCCAUCACUGUCGGCCCUCGAGCGCGUUGAAAUAGGCGGAAAUGCGGAGGGUCUUAGUCACCCCAUCGCCAUACCGGGUGGGGUAGCCAAGCUGGUUCAAAGUUGUCGCGUGCAGCGCCCUCUUUUGCGAUCUCGAUCGUGCCUUGUCUCCAGUUGUAGCGGUGUGCAACUGGAGACGUUGAGUAGGCAGUGCGUGGGCCGCUGGGUCGUGGCUCGUCAGUUGGCCCAUUGUUUUUACUCAGAAAGCCAGUUGAAGGCGGACCAUUGUGGUGUGGCUAUCGUCUCUGCCCAGGAAGCUCUCAAAUACUGUGCGCAGGCACAGAAUGCUGCCAAGGUCUAUCGGUCUGGCUCCGGUGCUGAAUACGUUUUCAUUCGAAGAUUGCAGCCCUACGCUCAGCGCACCUUGACCAAGGCCCAGACGGAAAACGCCAUGAUCUACCAUCAGAAAGUGCCGGCCAGUAUGCCCCAGUUGCAGUUAAAACCCGACUACGGCGUUGCCACACCUGAGCUCCCUGCUGGAUUAAGCUUCUCUGUCGACGAAUCGUGGCAGGAGGCAAUGCCUGGUUUCGACCUCACCAAGGUUCCUGAGUGGAUUUCUCGGAAGGAUUACCAAGCCAAAAAGAAGGAGGCAGCAAAGCUACACACAGUUCCCGAGACUCCAAUUUACCAAGGGGACAGGGACCCAAACAACGAGAGUGGCUGCGUCAUAUCUUAA